AGGUUAGUUGCAAACCAGAAAAUCAGUUAAAAAAAGGACCUAUAAUUCAAGGGAAAGCCUCCGCAUUUCUCAUGCUGGCCCUUCCCCUUCGCCUAACUUCAACAACUAAAACCCUCCGUUCACAUUUUCUCUCCACCUUCUCCAAAAUCGCAAUGGACGCCUCCGGCGGUCAAACCCAGCCCCACCGCAACGACUCCGACCAUUCCUCCGCCCACCACCACCAAAACGUCGUCGUCAUGCGCCACGGCGACCGCAUCGACAACUUCGAGCCCCGCUGGAUCAAAAACGCCGCCCGCCCGUGGGACCCGCCUCUCGUGGAGGAGGGCCGGGUCCGGGCCUUCUGCAAGGGCGCCAAGCUCCGGUCCGAUCUCGGGUUCCCGGUCCACCGCGUGUUCGUGUCGCCGUUCGUGCGCUGCGUGGAGACCGCCGUCCAGGUCGUCACCGCGCUCUCCGCUAGCGAGACGCCGUCGUUGGACAAAUACGACAGUCGUAAACCCCUCCCCGUCGAUCCCUCCAAGCUCAAGGUCUCAAUUGAAUAUGGCUUGUGCGAGAUGCUAAAUAGAGAGGCCAUUCGUGGUGAUGUAGCUCCAAAAGAUGGAAAUUGGGGUUUCAACAUCCCAGAACUUGAAGCCAUGUUCCCAGAAGGGACGGUGGAUCGCACCGUGGAAAGAGUUUACAAAGAGUUACCCCAAUGGGGAGAGAGUGUGAUGGAUGCAAGGUCAAGGUAUGCUAAUGUGGUUCAGGCCCUUGCAGAUAAACACCCUAUGGAAAAUUUGCUUCUUGUCACUCACGGUGAAGGAGUCGGUGCCUCAAUUAGUUCAUUCCUGGAGGGUGCCACAGUAUAUGAAGCAGAGUACUGUGCAUAUUCAGAACUACGAAGGCCCAUCUUCUGCAAUGACCAGUCAUCGACUGCUGGAAAGUUUGAGGUAUUGACAAAUCUUGGUCAGACUGGUAUCAGUUACUCUCUUGCAUUGUAAGAGCAGUGUACAGUUGGCUGCUCUGAGAGUGUUUUACUGCAAAUCUAAAUGAAAAGUCCUCAUUCCUUGGAUUAUUUAUUUCCAUUGCUCACCGGAUUUACAAAUGUAUAAGACAGUAGCUUUUCUUUGUAUUUCUUCUUUUUAAUUGGAAUUUUCAUGUAUUGCUCUAGACCAUGAACGGUCAGAUUACAAAGUUAUGGAACAAAAGCUUCUUUUUUAUAUCA